ACUUUAGAUUUCGAGUGACAUUCCAUGCGGGUCUUCUGCGGCGAGUGCAAGACAACGCGGGCCAACGACGCGGACGCAACGGCCUUCGACCCGAGUCUGGCCUGCGCCACGUGCGAGCGCCCAUGCACCAUCCCGACGGUCUUCCAGUGCGCCCAGUUCGGCCUCCUGGACGAGCUCAAGUUCCUCCUCGGCGAGAUGGUCGCCGUGGAUAUCAACAUGCGCGACGACACAAACGCGACGCUCUUGCACUGGGCAGCGCUUAACAACCGCAUUCUGCUCAUGAUGUACUUGCUCGAGCAGCCCAACAUCGACGUCAACGCCAAAGGCGGCGAGCUGCAGUCGACGCCGGUCUACUGGGCGGCCCACCGUAACCACGUCUACGCCGUCGCGCUACUUCUCGAGCACGGUGCCGACCCCAACAUCCACGAUAUCAACGGCAUGAACACGCUCUUUGUGGCGGUGCAGUCGGGACUGACCAUCCUCUCGGCAUACCUCGUUGCCAUGGGUUGCCCCGUCGACUGCCGCAGUCUCGACGAGCACCGCAACACGCCGCUGUUGUGGCUCUGUCGCUACGCCUUCGACCUCGAUACGAUGCGCAUGCUGUACGGCCUCGGCGCCUCCGUGCACGCCACGGACGCCAACGGCAACACGGGGCUCCAUCACGCUGCUCGCAGCGACGUUGUCAAGGCCGUCAAGUUCCUCUUGGAUCAUGGCGCUGACGUGCACGCGCGGAACAACGAUGGCGAGACGCCCCUCGAUGUCUCCAAGGGCGUCGCGAGAGAGAUCCAAGCGCGCUCGGAAGGCCGCAAGACUGCCGCCUGCCUCGGGUUCCUCACCAAGGUCACGUCGUACGAAGCCUCGUACACGACCUUUCCGCUCAGCGUGCUCAAAGCGCACCCGGCACAGACGGCGUUUUGGCUGCCGUGGCUCGUCCUCGGUCUCGGCGCGUGGUGCCUGCACGCUCUGCAUGGCUUUUGGAUGAUUGCGACAGGCUUUGUCGCCACGGGCGCCGUUGCGUACAGUCUCUUUCAAGUGGCGGGUCUCAGCGUCAACCCGAGCAAGCGCAAGAACGCCGCGCUCAUGCUCGGCGUCAACGUUGGCUCGACCUUUUGGCUCCUCUUGGUCUUUGGCGUCGAGCUCUACCCUCGCGUCUCGACGUGGGCCACGCUUGUUCAGUGUGCCCUCGCGCUCGGCAUCCCCAUCUGCUUGUACGUGACGGCGACACGUGACCCGGGCUUCAUUCCGACGUCGUAUGAAGAGCGCUUGCAGAACAUUCGGGCGCUCGUGGACCUCAAGUCGCGCUCCGACAUCAAGCUCUGCACGACUUGCGUCCAGCGACGCCCGCUGCGGUCCAAGCACGACGCUGAGCUCAACAUGUGCGUGGCUCGCUUCGACCAUUACUGCCCGUUCGUCGCCAACGCUGUCGGCGCCAACAACCACAACUACUUUUUCGGCUUCCUCUUCUUUGCCGUCGCUGCCAUUGGGUUUGAGCUUCUCCUCCUCACCUCCUACUUUCGGGACGAGGGUAUUGGCGCGCUGAACUAUGGCGACAUGCCGUUCGUGCUCUUCCACGACUACCCAGUGGUGACGGCCGCGUUCAUCUUGGCGUCCGUGCACUUGCUCUGGAUCGGAUACCUCUUUGGCUUCAACGUGUACGGCAUUUUGUUUUCGUGGACGACGAACGAGGUCGUUUUGAGCCAGCGCCAGCCCAACCCGAGUGCCAACCAGACCCACCACUCGGUCUACUCGCGCGGAUGGCUCCAGAACUCGCUCGACUUUUUCCACGUCCGCAAGUCGUCGCCCCUGUACGUUAACUGGCGCGUGCACCACUUCUACGACGUGCGCGAUCUCCACGCCAAGACAGCGACCGACGUCGAGAGCAAGGAAGCUUAGAUAUCAUUUGAAUCCAGUCAGAUACACG